UAUUCAGAUCAGUUUGCGAAAUUCUCACCAUCAGCGCCGUGCCCACGCCUGGCGCCACCUCUUGCCUCUUCCCUCUUUACUGCAAUCUUCCCUCUAUGAAGUCUCGGUAGCAACAUCUUCGAAAAGUGAGCGGCGUGGGUUGCGCUUUCGUCCAGUUUCCGAGCGUGAAAAGCGAGGCAAGAGCCACGAAAUGGCUACAACCACGGGAUCUUUCAUCGCUGGAGGCAUUGCGGCGUGCGGUGCUGUGACGGUUACUCACGGAUUCGAGACGGUCAAGAUCCGGUUGCAAUUGCAGGGAGAGCUCCAGUCAAAGAAAGAGGCAGUGCGGUUAUACAAAGGCGUGUUUCACGGCGUUGGUGUCAUUUUGAAGAAUGAAGGACCCCGGGGACUGCUGCGAGGACUAGGAUGUGCAUAUGUUUACCAGAUGACCCUCAACGGCUGCCGGCUGGGCUUCUACGAGCCGGUGCGCAAGACGAUUACCAACGCCGUUUACAAAGACUCGUCCGUCCAGUCCUUCGGCAUCAACCUCUUCUCAGGCGCCGCAUCAGGCAUCCUCGGCGCCGCAGCCGGCUCGCCCUUUUUCCUCGUCAAGACGCGAUUACAAUCCUUCUCGCCGUUCCUCCCGGUCGGCACGCAGCACCACUACAAGAACGCGAUAGAUGGCAUGAGGCAGAUAUGGCACCAUGAGGGCGUGAGGGGUCUAUACAGAGGUGUAGUGCCAGCAAUGGUCCGCACUGGCUUUGGUAGCUCCGUACAGCUGCCUACAUACUUCUUCGCAAAGAGGCGGUUAGUUAGGCAUCUUGGGAUGGAGGAGGGAAUGCCACUACACAUUGCAAGUAGCACCGCUAGCGGCUUCGUCGUCUGCUGCGUUAUGCACCCUCCGGACACCGUUAUGUCGCGAAUGUACAACCAAACAGGCAACCUCUACAGCUCAGCGUUCGACUGCCUGUACCGGACCAUCAAGACGGAGGGAGUUCUGGCCGUGUACAAGGGCUACUUCGCGCAUCUUGCGCGCAUUCUCCCACACACAAUUCUCACCCUUACGCUUGCCGAGCAAACGAACAAGCUGAUGAGGAAAGUCGAAGACAAGAUACUCUCGCCUGAGAUGAAAGCGAGGGUAUAGCCCGCCAGUACCGAACGCUUAGCCAUCAUCUGCUGUAUAGAUUUGUACAUAUACCUCGGUUCUUCGAUUCUUCUUGCAUAGCGGGCAAAGACCAGGCGGUCCGGGCUCUCUUUCGUCAUUCGGGCUGCAUACUUG